AUGUUUGUGAAAGAAUUAUUAUAAGUUUAGGAAUAUGUUGAGAAAAAAAAGUCUGCUGGAAAAUAAGUAUCUUUAAAACCUCUAAUUGAUAUUUGUGUACAUAAAUAUUAAAAAGAGGAAGUUUAAGAAGCAUUAAAUUAAGCAUUAACAAAUGAACUUAAGUCUGAAUGGAUAUCUUAACCAAAUAUUGAAAUCUUAAUAUUGUGUUAUAAAAGAUUAAAAUGUGAAGUUUAAAUGGAAUUAAUUGAAAGAACCUUUGAAAUUUCAAUUGACAAUUUAUAAAGUAAUUAGAUUAUAGAUUUUUAGCCACAAAAAGAAUUCUUUCUAUUUGCAAUGACGAACAAUUAAGAAAUUUAUGUUCAAAAUAUAUUUCUACUAAAGGUUAUAUAGAGAAAAUAGUAUAACCUAUUUAUGAAAGUCUAUUGAAUGUAAAUGAUCAAACGAUGAAUAUAGUUGAAAAAGUAAAAAAAUUAUACAAGAAUUUGUUUUCUUUGUUAAAAGUACAAAAAGAAUGGGUUUUAGAAAGAGCUAUGGAAUUUGUUUUGUUUUCAGAAGAUAUUUAUACAGAAAAAAGUUAAAAAUUUGUUGCAUAAUAAUUUUAAGAAAUUAGAUCAAUUAUCUAUGCAUUUAUUAUAAAUGAUGAUGAAAUUAGAUUAAGUUUUGUAAAAUAUUUACCUUAGAUCUUUUAAUAACAUAAUCCAAAGAAUAUAGAUUUCAAAUUACAUUGUAGUGAAUUAAUAAAAAUAGCUUUAUUUAGUAAAAAUGUGAAAUAAUUAAUGGUUUAUGAAUAAUUUUGGUAAGCCCUUCAUGAUUCAUUUCAAGUAUAUUCUGAUUUAACUAAUAAUAAAAUAUGCGUAGCUGUUUUAAAUGAAGUUUUGUUUAAUAUAAAUGAUAUAAAAAUACAACAACAUUUCAAAUUAUUCACAGAUUUAUUUAUCACUUUAGACAGCUUUGGUACUCAUUUAACAAAAGAUGUUUGGGUAAAAAUGGAUGUAUUUACCCAAAAAUAAUAAUUUAAAGUAGAUGAUGAAUUGAAAAAAUAAUUGUUCCAAUAGAUUAAACCUUUAUUCAUACUCAUUAAUAAGGCUGCAUAACACACAAAUGAAAAAACAAUCAAAAAUUGUAUUAAAUCCUUAUUUAAAAAAUAAAUUGAUGUUGAAUAUUUAAAACCUUUGAUUAUAGAGAUAAUAAUACCAGUUUUAAAUAAACCAGUAUUUUAUCUUGAUACUCCUUUAGAAGGAGACUCUAAAUUUUUUGAGCUUCUGAAACAAUUCUUAGUAAAGAUCCCUUAUAUUGAUGAUAUUAUUAUAUAAAUGGUUUAGCAUAUUUAAUAUCCAUUGGCUGUUGGAGCUUUCAGUGUGGCUUUGAAAGAUAUUAAAGUUGAGAUUUCAUAAUUUUCAUUACUUAUUUAAUUUAUUGAAUAAAAUUUGAUGAAAUUAAAUUUAAGAAAAAGAAUAUAAUUAUUAUAAGCUGUGCUUUAAUUGUUUAAAUAGAACACUAAUCCAGAGAUCUUAUUUAAUCUUAUCAAAGUUAUACCUUUUGAUUGUCUUUUUUUAAAUAACAUAGGAGAACUUUUAAAAUAAUUAAUGAAUGAAGAUUUUUUAAUUUAUGUCUAAGAAUAACAAUAAGUAUUUGAUAUUAAUUCAAAUUAUCACCAAUUUGCAAUAAUAUAUCACUUAACAUAAGAUAUUAAGCUAUUCAUAACCUUUUAUCAACCCAUCAUUUCUCAACUAUAAUAAAUAUACACAAGUACUUAUACUCAAAAGGAAAUGAAACAUAAAAUAUUAGAGUAAUUAAAUUAUAUUUUAAAAACAUCAAAUCAAGUUUAGUUUUUAGAGUAAAUAAGUUCAGGGUUAUUUGCUUAUUUAACUUUGGAUUUAGAUGGAGCAAUGAUUGUGACUGAAGAACUUUGGAUAUCUUCAUUAUAACAUUUUGAAACAGUUCCAUUAUUAACAUAAUAGAUGAGUAAAUUUGUAGGGUAUUUAUUUUAGUAAUUAUUUGAUAAUUUCAAUAUCAUUUAUUUAGAAUUGAUAAUAAAAACUUUAAGAGCAACAAACAUUGCAUUAUAAUAAGCAAAGAGAAAUAAAAGUGGUUUCUUUGUUGAAGAAUUAUUCUUAAAAUAUGGAUUAUAAUUGUUAAAUAAAUUGCAAAGUAUUGAGCAAGAUAGACAAUUAAAAAACUUAACAUUACAUUAUUUAAGCUAAAUCUUAACAUUGUUGAGAGAAGUAAAUCAUAAACCCUAGGAAUAUUAUAUUUAAAUAUAGAAUUUAAUUAAAAACAUAAUUGAUAUAACUGAUUAAUUUAAUGCUUAUGAUUCAAUAACUUUAUAUUAAUUAUUAAGAUCAGUAUAUGGUCCAGAAAUAACCUUCAAUAGAGAAUAGAGUGAGCAAUUUAAGUAAGUAGCAAUAAAUACAUUUGAAUAGAUGAUGCAUGUUUUCGGAACUCAUACAAAUUUAGAGGAAAUAUUAGCAUAUAUAGAUUUUAUAAUAGAUCCAUGUUAUUUUGAAGGAGAAUUAUAUGAGACAGUUGAGUAAAUAAUAAGAGUAAUAAUGAAAUAGCACUAAAAAUAAUGGGUAAUAUAGAGAAAGAUAGCAAAUAACUUAAUUAUAUGUUUGAAUAAACAUCCUAAUAGAUUACCUACAUUUUAUUAUAUUUUAUUUAAGUUAAUAAAGGGAAGUGAAUUAAGAGGUUAUGAUUCUAGUGAAAUAUUGUCAUCAUCAGAAUAGUAUGUUCCAUUAGCAAAUGAUGUUAAACAUUUGAUAUCAUGCAAAGGUGAAUUUUAUGGGGCAUAUCCAAGAUUUUUAGUCUUUACUUUCCUUUUUGAAUUGGGAAAGUAAGGAGGAUAUGAGAAAGAAUUAUUAAAUUAUAUCAAAUUUUUAAUAGAAGUAUCCAUUAAGGAUAAAUAUAAGAAUGCAUACAUGUAAUACACUAAACAAUUUAGAAUAAAAUUACAUGUUUGGUAAAAUAUUUGUUGUUUAAAAUAUUUACUAAAGCCACAAAAUUAUUAAAAAGUAUUUGGUGAUGAUUAGAAAUAUUUAGUUGAAUUAGAAUAAUUAAUCUGGAAGGCUUUCGAUACAUAGAAUAAUCCUUAAUAUAGAUAAUAUAUUGAAUUGAUGAUGAGUUUUUUAAUAGAUAAUUAUCCAGAUAUUUGGGCUCCAAGAAUGAUUUCAACUUUGAGUGAUUCAAAAUUAAAAGUAAAUAUUCAGAUUCCAACUACUUUUAUAUCAUGCAUCUUUUUAUUACAUAAUUAAGAGAAUGAUAAGUUUUCAUAGAAGUUCUUUGAUAAAUUAUUUCCUUUGGUUAGUUCAAAUGUAGCAUAUAUAAGAUCUCUUUGUUAAACAACAUGUUUAUAAUAUAUAAAGAAAUAGAAAUUAGAAUAUAAAGAUUUUAUUGAAUAUUUUGAAAGUAAUAGAGAAUGCCAGAAGAUAAUAAAGAAUAUAAGAGCUUUAAUAGAAAGAUAUGAGAAAUUGAUGUUAACAUUUGAUUUAGAUGGUAUGGCAACAAUAUAAUUUGAUACAUUUGGUGAGAUAAUACAUCCAUCAAUAAUUGAAAUUUUAAAGAAUACAUGUACUUAAACAAUUGCUGAAUUAAAGAGUGAAGAUAAUAUGAGUGAGAAUCCUCCUCCUCCUUGGUUUUAAUAUGUAGAAAGAUAAUAAUUAAGUACAUAGUAUUCUUAACAAUUAAAUUUCUAGAGGAAAAUAAAUUUAAUAAUGGAUUAAUUUGAUUUAUUUAAAGCGUAUCAACCAAGAUAAAUUGUUGGAGAUAUAAUAAUAGUUGCAACUCUAUUAGAGAAAAUUCCAAAUUUUGGUCAUUUGACUAGAACUUGUGAAAUAUUUGGAUGUAGAGAAUUAGUAUUACCUAAUAAAAAGAUUUUAUAAGAUGAACAAUAUUAAUCAGUUAGUGUAAGUGCUGAAUAACAUUUACCAAUUAUAGAGAUAAAAGAAGAACAUUUAAUGAAUUAUUUAUAAUUAAAAAGAUUAUAAGGUUAUUAAUUAGUUGCAUUAGAAUAAACAAGUCAAAGUAAAUAAAUUGUGAAUUUUAAAUUUGAUAAAAAGACUGUAUUAGUACUAGGUAAAGAAAAGACUGGAUUACCGAUUGAAUAUAUAGAAUUAAUGGAUAAUUGUGUUGAAAUUCCCUAAUAUGGAGUAAUUAGAUCUUUGAAUGUUCAUAUUUCAGCUGUAAUAUGUGUUUGGUAAUAUGUGUAAUAGUGGUGUUGAUCUUCAAAAAAAAGAAUUAUUAAG